AUGAACGGGAUAUUGCUUCUUAUCCUUCUUUUGCCAUAUCUCAGUUGUUGUGUCGCCGAAAAAGAUGAUGAAUUAAAAGGUUAUGUGAUCUAUUGCCCUUGUAUGGGAAGGUUUGGCAAUCAAGUGGAACAGUUUUUGGGUUCGUUAGCAUUUGCUCGUGCUCUUCAUCGGACACUUGUUCUACCACCGUUUAUAGAGUAUGAAUUUGGAAAACCACAAGCUAGCAUGGUAGAGUUUACAAGGUAUUUUUCCAAGAAACCUUUAGAAGCUUACCAUCAUGUAAUUACGAUGAAAAAGUUCAUGACUGAGGUAGCACCAGAUAUAUGGCCGAAAGAUCAACGAAAAGUGUUCUGUUGGAAUCCGAGAAAAAGCAUAUUUGAUGAGAAUGCUCCGCCUGGUUGCCAAGCUAAAGAGGGGAAUCCCUUUGGACCUUUCUGGGACCACGCAAAAGUUGAUUUUGUUGACGACGUUUUCUUUGGCAGCCAAAUUACCAACGGUUUCGAUAUUAGCGCUAAGGAUACCAAGAAACAGUGGUUGGAAAAGUUCCCAGCAGAAACAUAUCCUGUACUUGCUUUUUCGUCAGCUCCGGCAGCCUUCCCUGCUAAGGAAAAAGACCGACAUUUGCAGAUGUUCUUGAAAUGGAGCCCUCAGAUUUCAAAAAGGGCAACAGACUUUAUAAAUGAACAUUUGACAAGGCCGUACAUUGGCAUUCAUUUGCGGAACGAUCUCGAUUGGGACAGAGUAUGCGAACACGUCCAGGAAGGAGUUACGAAACAACUCUUUGGCUCAGCCCAGUGUAUUGGAGACUACGGCGAGAAAGCAAAUUUAACUAAGGAAAUGUGUGCACCAUCUUUACCUACUAUAGUUGACGAUGUAAAAGCGAUGGUGCGCAGGUUGGACGCCAAGUCGAUUUUCGUCUCCAGUGACCGUGAGUAUUACAUUGAUGAAUUAAAUGAACAAUUCAAGUCAGAAAGGGUAAAAGCUUAUCGUUUGGAUCCUGACAACGCUCAAGUUAGUCUAGCAAUUCUUGCUCGUGCCGACCACUUUAUCGGCAAUUGUGUAUCUACAUUCAGUUCGGUAGCAUACCGCGAGAGAAAGUACGCUAAACCAAAGCUGCCAACAACAUUUUUUGGCUUUCACCCAGAAGAAUUAAGAAGGCGAAAGAUUGAACUUUGA